CAGAGGCAGUAGACGUAGUAUUAUAAUGAAGGUAGUUGAAAACACUGUGUGGUAGAUAUUGAUUAGUAGACUACCUGCAACCGUUAGAAGGCAACAUAUUGAUCUCUGUAUGUAUGGGAAGUACAGGCAAAAAGGAAACGAGGUGAUGUUUACAGGGAUUACGUUGUGACAAUUUCGGGGAUUUUACUUUCGGAUCUUUAUUUAUUGGAUUAAUAGACAAUGUGGCCUAUAGAGGAAAAUACUACAGUACAAAAUCAACAUUGUAUGGAAGUGUUAGAUGGACUUUUGAGCCAAGAACAAGAAGAAUUAGUUGACAGAGUUGCAUAUUUAGAAAAAAAAGUACGGAAACAAGAAGAUGAAAUUAUAUGUUUAAAAACAGCUUUAUCAGAUGUUAUUCGUAGACUGGGUGUCUUAGAAGCUUCACAAAAUAAUAUUUUACCUUCCAAGACAAAACCGUAUAAAAUAAACAGAAAAUCUUAUCCUUCCACAGAUAGAAAAUCUCAUUUAAAUGCUUUAGAAAAUGUUAAUUUAGUUCCUCACCGAGGGUCAUCUAGCAGCUCUCCACGACCACAUCACAAGUCAAGUAAUCACUUAAAGAAGUGGGGGUCAUUAUCUAAUUCAGCCGAUUUAUCUAACACAUCUUUAACAUCUUCAAGGUCACCAACUCGACGUAGUUUUUCCCACAGUAACUUGUCGCAACGGCCUACCAGCCAUAGGGGUUCUAGAGAACCUAACUGGAAUCAAGCUGAAGGUUACCUAAAGGUAUUUCUAAAGGGUAGAGGUGUAGCUCUUUAUGCACCGUCAGAUUUAACAGACUUUGAUGUUGGUACUGUUGGUGAAGCACCUAACGAAAAACUGCAGUUAGAAUGGGUAUAUGGAUAUCGUGGAAGAGAUUGUCGCUCCAACUUAUACCACCUACCAACAGGGGAGAUAAUCUAUUUUAUAGCAGCAACGGUUGUAUUAUACAAUGUGGAAGAGGGCAUGCAGAGACAUUACAAUCAACAUACAGAUGACGUUAAAUGUAUAGCUAUACAUCCAGAUAAAGUUAAGAUAGCAACUGGCCAGGUUGCUGGUCAUGAGAAAAAAGAGGGCAGGAAUAAGCGUAAUGAUGUGGCUGAAAUUGAUGAUCAUUUGCCCCAUGUACGAAUCUGGGAUUCUGUUAGUCUGAACACAUUACAUAUCAUUGGAUUAGGAGAUUUUGAAAGAGCUGUCUGUUGUGUAUCCUUCUCAAAGCUGGAUGGAGGACAACAGUUGGUUUGUGUUGAUGAUGCUAAUGAACAUGUGAUAUCUGUGUGGGAUAUUAGUCGUGAUAAACCACAUAAAGUAACGGAAACUAAGAGUUCAACUGAACCUGUGCUGGCCGCAGAAUAUCAUCCGUAUGAAAACAACCAGAUAGUAAUGUGUGGUAAAGGACAGAUAUCAUUUUGGACAUUAGAAAGUGGAACAUUGACAAAGAAGCAGGGAAUAUAUGAGAAAAUGGAGAAACCCAAAUUUGUGUUGUGUUUAGCUUUUGCUGAAAAUGGGGAUGUCCUGUCAGGUGAUUCAAAUGGAAAUAUUUUUGUGUGGGGAAGAGGCACAAACCGAAUUUCUCAUGCUGUUAAUGGUGCACACGAUGGUGGAGUUUUCUCCCUUUGUGUAAUGAAGGAUGGAACUAUUCUGUCUGGUGGUGGUAAAGAUAGAAAAGUGUACCAGUUUGAUGAGAAUUAUAAGAGAACUGGAUUAGAAACAGAAAUAUCAGAGGAGUUUGGUCCUGUUCGAACCCUGAGUCAAGGUCAUGGAAAUCUGAUUUUAGUUGGAACAACCAGAAACUCAAUUUUACAAGGAACUCUAGAUCUUAAACUUAAUCCUAUUGUUUAUAAUCAUUGUCUUAGCUGUACAGAUCAGGGUCAUCUUGAUGAACUAUGGGGUCUGGCACCCCAUCCAUCCCAGCAUCAGUUUAUGUCAUGUGGAUCUGAUAAACAUGUUUAUUUAUGGGACAGUAUGUCACACUCUGUAGUGUGGAGUAAAGAAAUAACGGAUCCAGCCCACAGUUGUUGUUUCCAUCCAGAAGGGAAUAUAGCAGUUGUUGGAACACAUAACGCACGUUGGUUGGUGAUAGAUCUGAAUACUCAUGACAUCAUUACAGCUCAUACAGAUGGUAAUGAGCAGAUUGAAUGUUUGCAAUUUUCUCCUGAUGGUAAAUAUUUAGCUGUUGGAUCAAGAGAUAAUUAUAUUUAUUUAUAUCAAGUUAGUGAUGGAGGAACUAAAUAUACCAAAGUUGGUAGAUGCUCUGGUCACUCAAGUUUUAUAACACAUGUUGAUUGGUCAGAAGAUGGUCAGUAUUUGGUCAGUAAUUCGGGUGAUUACGAAGUAUUAUAUUGGACAACAAACUGUAGACAAGUUACAUCACCAGAUAAUGUUAGAAAUGUUCAGUGGGCAACACAAACAUGUACAUUAGGUUUUAAUGUAGCAGGAAUAUGGCCAGAAGGUGCUGAUGGAACAGAUGUAAAUACAUGUGGACGAACAAAAAACCACACCGUUAUUGCAUCUGGAGACGAUUUUGGAAAAGUUAAUUUGUAUAAGUAUCCUUGUUGUAAACCUAGGUCUUCCUGUCAUAGUUAUAAAGCACAUAGUAGCCAUGUGACUGCCGUCAACUUCCUGUUUGAUGAUUCAAGAUUGAUAACAGCUGGAGGUCGUGACAUGGCAAUUAUGCAGUGGGAAUUAAUCUAAGUCUAAAGUUGAUAAUUGCAUAUUACAGAUCUGUUUAUGCCAGACAGAAUUAUAUCACAGUAAUCAUAGAAUUUGACAAUCUUAAAAAACUUUCUCAUUUUUUUUUUUUCAAACUUUAGAUUUUGUAAUCUUAACUUCUAACCACAUAGAAUCUAUUUCGGGAAAUGGAUUGAAAUAUACAUGUACUAUUUCAUAUAUUACUUGAAUUUUUCCCCCUCCAUAUUUAAUACUUUACUAUAAUAACCAUCAUUUAAGUCAUCUAGUGCUGUUAUUGUUAUAAAUCAUAUAUCUCCAUAUUUAUUCAUGUUUUGGAUUACGCAAUCAGGGGAUUAUUUUGAAAGUGUAUAUAUAUACUACAAUACACAAAAAAAAUUGUUAAAACUUGGACUAGUCAGCCUAUAACCUUAUUAUUUGUUUUUUUUACUUGAAUGGCGAUCAUAUAUUUACUAUAAUUGUAAUUUAAGUAUUAUUUGUUUAUAUACGCAUGGGUUUGUGUAAUAGAUAUAUUCAAAUAACAUCCAGCCAAUUGGCACUUUGUGGAGAUUAUAGCCUAUAUUCAGAAUUCAGAUAGCCAAUUUCUUUACAUAAUUGAUUCUUCAAAUAUUUAAAUAAAAACAAAUUUCAGUCUCUUUGCAAACAUAUUUUAGUUGUACUCGUUAAUAUAUUAGUAUUAGACUCUAUUUGAUUGACGCAAUCACAAUCUGAAAAAUUUCAAUUAAUGUUACAGUAUUUGCUUAGUACCGGUUACAGUUUUACAGCCACCCACAUUAUAUCGUAUGUGGAGAUAAUGAUAUACAACUGCUAUGUGUUUCCAUUUAACUGAGAAACUGUGUGUUUAUUCAAUGACAUUCAACUUUUAUUACUGCCAUAUUCAAAGUAGUUUUAUACAAUAACAUAGACAUUGAUUAUCUUGAAUUAUUUAUAGGUUUUCUUUAAUAAACAAUUUUGUUAAUAUUCUUUUGGUAUAAUAAUAAUAAUAAUCUGUAAGUUUAAGUAUUUUACAAAUAAUAUGCAACUGUUGUUGAUGACUGAAAAAGAAAAGUUUGAGAAGGGAAAUAAUUAAUAUGAGCAUUGUUUGUAUAAAAUAUUAUAUAUCAGAUUUUUAUUUUUGUAUGUUUAAUAUGACUGUUUAUACAAAUCAUUGUAUAACUCUUAUCUCCAAAUUUGGAAUAAAUUGAAAUAAAAGAAUUCAAAUCACAAAAUGCAAAUAGAACAUUUUUGUAAAAAAUAUUUCUUGAUGAUUUUGGUUUAAACUAGUCUUUUAUUAGGUAUUCUGUAAAUACUCACAAUUUUAUUUCUAUCUAUUUAUAAUGCUUUUGAAGCUGUAAUGUUUUAUGUGCAUAUUUUGUAUUUAGUGCGCUUGCUCAAAUUUUUUUUUUUUUCUGUGAUGUCUUUAUUUAUGUUAGUUAACCGAUAUAUUUUUAGUCUGAAGCAACAUAAUAGUGAAUGUGUAUUAAGCAAUUAUUUCAUGCUAUUUUAUGUGCAACACAGGUUUUGUUUAUAACAAAAGUUAUAUUUUAUAGCUAGGCUAAGCCAUACACUUUAUGGUAUAGAAUUUUUGAUAUUGUUUUUUGUGGAUUUGUAUCUUUAUUAAUAAAGAUUUAAUUUUGUUUUUCUAUAUUGCACUUGCAGCUAUUUUAAGCAUAAUUAGGUAGAGACCAAACAGCUGUAUUUCUGUAAUUCUAUAAAAUGUUCAUGACAUGAUAUAAUAAAUAGAAUUCUGUUUAUUUACACUUGUCUAUCAUGUUUCUGUAAUUAUGGACAUGUAGUCUAUUCUUGUAUAAUUUUGUCUAAUGUAUAUUUGUUUUAACUCAGAAAAUAUUGAUAAUGAAGUAAAUAAAUUCUUCCCAAGAA